AUGAUAUCAAUUAAUCCAACGAUACGCAUUCUUCGGGCAUUACCCCUCCUUAUAAAUAGUGUAGCUAUUCGCAAUUGUUCGCCGUCUCCAACAAAUUUUCUUAAAAAAUCUAUGCUAUCCACAUUACCCUCAAUGGCGAUGAAUCCUAUAAAAUACGAGCAAUUUGGAAUGGGUACUGAUGCUAAAGAUUUUCCUACUUGGUGUCACCAGUACUUUAAGUAUCAAUCCUACUCUGAACUAAGGAUGUUACCUAUGGAAAGUUAUACAAACAACAAAUUUGGCCAUCUCAUCAACGAUAGUCUUAUGGGUAAAAAUGGCUUUAGAAUUCGUUGCUUUAUAAGCGACAUCCCUCAAUCAGUUGGGGAUAGCGAAAUUAGUGAGAAUAAAGGUAUAAAUGUAACGGGAAAAAUCCCGCCUGAGGGCAUUAACAAUUAUCGCGAAUUUGUUACGCUAAGAACUUGCGCCACGCAACUAAUCUUUCUGGUCGAUGUUGGCACGCAUUGUUGUGGCCAUAACGGUGUUUGGCAUGGGGGGAUAACUAGUGCCAUUUUAGACAAUACUUUUGGACUUCUAGGCUCUCUCUACCUUCCACUAGCAGCAACCAAGUCACUUAAUAUCAAAUUUAUCUCCCCUAUACUUGUAGACACUCCAGUAAUUGUAUCCGCAGAAUACGACCCAGACUCCUCGUCUGUAAAUGAUAGACCAGGUACGAUUACCGCCGAUGCUAAUGUUUAUUUGCCCUCAGGGAAAUUAGCAGCUACGGGUCGAUGUGAAAUAGUGGAUGUUAGUAAGAAAUGGAACACGACAAGGCAAUAA